GGUGAGGAAGAUCGUGGACCAGGAAGUGUUGUGAUACCGGCAUGAGUGUGGCAAGUCAUUUAUGAGAUUGCGUGUGGAUGGCGUUUUGGUUGGGAAAUGAGGUCAUCGUGCCCGUCCUGGGCUGCUCCCCCUGCGCCGUGCAGGGCUGCCUGGCCUUAUAAAAGGAGUGACCGUCGUCCCAGCCCUACUCUCUUCCAGACACCAGUCCUAGACCUUCUUUGGAGCCUCUGGUUCCGUGAGUCCCAGGAACGAUGUCUUACCAGCAGCAGCAGUGCAAGCAGCCCUGCCAGCCACCUCCUGUGUGCAUACCCAAGUGCCCUGAGCCAUGUCCACCCCCUAAGUGCCCUGAGCCAUGUCCACCUCCUUGCCCACCUGUGGUGUGCCCAAUUCCAGUAUGCCAGCAGAAAUGCCCACCCUGCCCACCGUGCCCACCCUGCCCACCGUGCCCACCGUGCCCACCCUGCCAGCAGAAGUGUCCACCCAAGUGCCUGUAAGAGCAGCAGACUUCCUCAGGACCAUGCAACAACGGGAUCCAGGCUCCUCUUGGUCCCAGGGCUCCCUCGUCCUCCCUUUGGCCAUGGUGAUAGACUGCAUCCUUCUCAACCUCCCUCCUGGAUUCACAGCUGACGGAGAAAAGGCUUGGUUCCCCAGGCUCAUAGGAUGUUGUUGGAAGAGCAGCAGCGUCAUCGCCGGAUGGAGCUCUGCCAUCUGCCUGCCUGUGAUCUGGGUUGUGACCUCCAGCCUCUGAGCGCUUCAGUGUGUCUCUUUUUCAGUUCUCCAAUAAAGGACAUGUUUCAUGG